AAAGCACGUUCACCUCAUGAUGUUCCAGUCGUUCGGGAAUUUGUGGACGUGUUCCCAGAUGAGCUUCUAGGAGGACCGCCUAACCGGCAGGUGGAGUUAUCUAUCGAUCUCAUUCCAGGGGCCGGUCCAGUGUCCAAAGCCCCGUAUCGUAUGGCGCCUAAGGAGUUGCAGGAGCUUAAGGCGCAGAUUCAGGAGUUGUUACGACUCGGUUUCAUCCGACCGAGCGUGUCACCGUGGGGAGCACCCGUUCUCUUUGUUAAGAAGAAGGACGGAUCCAUGCGCAUGUGUAUCGACUACCGGGACCAUAACCGGUUGACGAUCAAGAACAAGUACCUGCUUCCCAGGAUCGACGAUUUAUUUGAUCAGUUGAGGGGAGCCUAUGUGUUCUCAAAGAUUGAUUUACGAUCAGGCUACCACCAGCUGAAGAUUAAGGAGUCAGAUAUCGCUAAGACUGCUUUCAGGACUCGUUACGGCCAUUACGAGUUUGUCGUCAUGCCCUUCGGUCUCAGCAAUGCUCCAGCUGUUUUCAUGGACCUCAUGAACCGUAUUUUCCAUCCCUACCUCGAUCAGUUCGUUAUUGCCUUUAUUGACGAUAUUCUUAUCUACUCGAAGAGCCAGAAGGAGCACGAGGAGCAUCUGAGGGUGGUUCUCGAAACCCUCAGACGAGAAAAGCUGUUUGCAAAAUUCUCCAAAUGCGAAUUCUGGCUCCAACGAGUAUCCUUUCUGGGUCAUGUGAUUACUCAGGCAGGUAUCGAGGUGGAUCCUUCCAAGGUCUCAGCCGUUCAGAACUGGUCUACACCGAGGAGUCCGUCCGAGGUUCGCAGUUUUCUCGGUUUAGCUGGUUAUUAUCGCAGGUUUAUCGAGGGCUUUUCCAAGAUCGCCCUCCCUCUAUCCCAGCUGACGAGGACGUCUAUGAAGUUCGAGUGGACUGACCGAUGUGAGGCGAGCUUUCAAAACCUCAAAAGGAGGUUAACUUCAGCACCGGUGUUGACUAUUCCCGAUCCUUCUCGGAGUUUCACUAUCUUCAGCGAUUCUUCGAGACAGGGCUUGGGAUGUGUCCUUAUGCAGGAUGGCCAGGUCGUCGCGUAUGCUUCACGUCAGAUUAAGUCUCAUGAGCAGAAUUAUCCGACGCACGACUUGGAGUUAGCAGUAGUCGUUCAUGCUCUCAAGAUUUGGCGACACUAUCUUUACGGCGGACGUUGCGAGAUUUUCACAGACCAUAAGAGCCUGCAGUAUAUCUUCACGCAGAAGGAGCUUAAUAUGAGACAGCGUCGUUGGUUAGAACUCGUCAAGGAUUACGACUUCUCUAUUCAGUAUCAUCCGAGAAAGGCGAACAUCGUCGCAGAUGCCCUAAGCCGAAAGGUGAGGGGUGACUUGACGUACGUCAUUACUCAGCAGAGUCCGUUGAUUCAGGAGUUUGCCCGGAUGCAGCUUCAGGUGAUCAAUUCGCUUCCCAUAGCCGUUUCAGGAAGUACCAGUGCCAGUGUCA